CUUGGUGAAUGCGUGAAUGGCCUUAUUGGCUUUUAUUCCGGCGGUGCUGCUUUGAACGAGUGUCCUGUGACUCUUUUCACCCACGUGUUUAGUUUUCUACGAACAUUCGGAACGUCCGAUCGAAAAUCAACAUGGUUGUGAUUUCGUGGCUGCUUCUGCUCAUUGGUGUCCUAGAAUCCUUCGCCGCGGAAUGGAACACACAGGACUAUAUGAAGCGAGAGCAUUCUCUAAUCAGGCCAUAUCAAGGCACAGGUAUGACGAUACCUAACUGGGACUUUAUGGGAAAUACAAUGGUAACUAACAAUUAUAUCAGGUUAACACCUGAUUUACAAAGUAAACAAGGUGCCUUAUGGAAUUCUGUGCCAUGCCAUAUACGAAAUUGGGAAUUGCAAAUUCAAUUCAAAGUACAUGGAAAUGGAAAGGAUUUAUUUGGAGAUGGUUUUGUUAUUUGGUACGCCAAGGAAAGAAUGAAGCCAGGUCCAGUAUUUGGGAGCCGAGAUUAUUUCCAAGGAUUAGCAGUAAUACUUGAUACCUACAGCAAUCAUAAUGGCCAACAUAACCAUCAGCAUCCUUACAUCUCAGCAAUGGUUAACAAUGGAUCUUUGCAUUAUGAUCACGAUCGUGAUGGCACUCAUACACAACUUGCAGGAUGUGAAGCAAAAUUUAGGAACUUGGAACAUGAUACACACAUAUCUAUAAGAUACGAGAGAGACACUCUAACUGUUUCCACGGAUCUUGCUAACAAAGCAGCAUGGAAGCAAUGUUUUCAAGUAAAUGAAGUUAAGCUUCCAACAGGAUAUUAUAUUGGAAUUUCUGCUACUACGGGUGAUCUGUCUGACAAUCAUGACAUAUUGUCAAUUCGUUUAUUUGAAUUAGAUUUAAUAGAUGAUCCUAAAGAUCGGGAAGACAGAUCACAAAUUGUGCCAUCAGCAGCGUUUUAUGAUCCACCAAGAGAACGUGUAGAAGAUCUGAAGCAACAUAGCUGGAGUGGAAUAAAACUUUUCCUAUUGAUGUUAUUGGGUGCCCUUGUAUUAAUAGCCUGUGUUGUAAUUAUAAUUAUGCUUCAUAAGAAACAUCAGGAAAAUGCCAGAAAGCGAUUUUACUAAGUCAAGAUUUAGAUAGCGUGUGUGUUUUGAGUGUUGCAGCUUAUCGAUUUAUCCUUUAUCCAAGAUUUCUCAUAUAUAAGAUUUAAGUUAUAACAUACUAUGAGACUGUCCGUAUUUGGUUUCUUUGCUUUAAAAUUAGUAUUUUCUUUUAUGUGUAAGAAUAAAAGUCUUUAGGAUAAAGGAGAGACAUAUGUGUGUAUGUGUAUCUAAGUUUUGUAAUAAUUCCAAUAUUUAC